GGGUUAUAUUUUGGUUAUAUUAUUUUACAUUACAAUCCAUUAAUCUGUUUGAAAAUAAUAUAUUGUAAACACCUGAUAACCUUAUAUUAAGUGAAGCAAUGGCGAACUCUGGAAAAGGCACUUACCGACCGGAUUCAGAUGUGCAUAUAUCAUUUGAAGAUCAACAGAAAAUUAACAAAUUUGCCCGGUUGAACGCCAAAGCAGAUGAUAUAAAGGAUGAAUUGAAAAUUAAACAAAAUGAUAUAAAAAACCUAGAGGAGGCAGUAGAGGAACUAGCUCUUGCAGAUGAUUCAGAGAAAAUACCCUUCUUAAUUGGUGAAGUAUUCAUUUGUCAAAGUCUGGAAGAUACAUUGAAAUCAUUAGAAGACAUGAAAGGUAAAAAGCAAAAUGAGAUUUCUGAAUUAGAAUCAAAAUGUGAAGAGCUGAAAUCCCAAAUGAGUGAGCUCAAAGCACACCUGUAUGGUAAAUUUGGAAGUCAUAUUAAUCUGGAAAAUGAAGAAGAUUGAUCUUAUUCUCCAAAGUGCUUAAGUGCUUAUAUUCUUAAUUAUUAUUUCAAGCAUAUUUAUAAUUAUCAAUUAAUUUACCUAUAACUGUUAUGCUUAGUAUAUAAUGUAUAAAUAAAUAACUUUAACACGAUGA